AUGCGUCAGAUCGAUAGAUCUUCAUCCUUCAGCAGCAUUACAGACUCAACCAUGUCACUAAACAUCAUCACAGUUACCCUGAACAUGGAGAAGUACAACUUUCUAGGCAUCAGUAUUGUGGGGCAGAGCAAUGAUCGCGGAGAUGGUGGAAUAUACAUAGGAUCUAUAAUGAAGGGUGGAGCUGUGGCUGCAGAUGGCAGAAUUGAACCCGGAGAUAUGCUUCUACAGGUAAAUGAUGUGAAUUUUGAGAACAUGAGCAACGAUGAUGCAGUCAGAGUCUUGAGAGAAAUUGUAUCUAAGCCUGGUCCAAUCAGCCUGACUGUAGCAAAAUGCUGGGAUCCCACCCCUAGGAGCUACUUCACCAUCCCCAGAGCGGAACCUGUGAGGCCGAUAGACCCGGCUGCCUGGAUCACUCAUACCUCAGCCCUGACGGGAACAUACCCCCGUUACGGUAUGAGCCCCUCCAUGAGUAUCAUCACAUGCACCAGCUCCUCAUUAACAAAACUGGAAGAUUCCCCCCUGACAGUAAAGAGUGAUAUGGCUACAAUUGUAAAGGUGAUGCAACUGCCAGAUUCAGGUCUGGAAAUAAGAGACCGAAUGUGGUUGAAAAUAACGAUAUCUAAUGCAGUUAUAGGGGCGGAUGUUGUGGACUGGCUCUACACACAUGUAGAAGGGUUCAAGGAGCGUCGAGAAGCCAGAAAAUAUGCCAGUAGCAUGUUAAAGCACGGCUACCUCAGACACACAGUAAACAAGAUCACCUUCUCAGAGCAGUGCUACUAUGUGUUUGGAGACCUGUGUGGGAUUUGUAUUUGCUUAUCAGAUGUAGCGGCACUGAAUCUUAACGAUGGAUCCAGUGGGACAUCUGAUCAGGACACACUUGCUCCUCUCCCUCAUUCAGCCGCCCCCCCCCUGGCCUCUGAGCCAGGGCUAUCCGUACCAGUACCCUCUAGUGCCACCUUGUUACCCCUCAACAUACCAAGAGCCAGGAUUCAGCUAUGGCAGUGGCAGUGCAGGAAGCCAACACAGUGA